UGCUCAUAAGGGCUGUUACAUAGAUACUGAUUUAAUGCAUCGAUGGACUCUGUAUUUCAACCAACUUUGAGGUGUUACGGAACUGUAGAAUUCCAGAGGUGUCUUUGAAGGGUCUAUUUUUCCCCGCCUCUUCCUGUUAGCUCCUCUUUGCUUCCCAGCUGUCACCAAGUGCACAGCUUUUUUAUUCUAUGCCUUUCUUCUGAAGAUGUUCUGCCUUGCCAUCAACUGACACACAAUGGAGGCAGCCAGGUGAGGACUUUCAAUUUGCAGAGCAUGACCCCAAGCUAGCCCUUUGUUUAGAACCUUCUCAGGUGAAUGUCACAACCACAAAAUUUACAAGAACAGUUUCUCCUCUCCUGAAUUGUUGCCUCAAGUCUGGGCUCCAUAUUCUGAUCUGUCUAGGCUGCCCUUCACCUUACUCUUUUGUUGUUGGUGUUGUUUUCUCAUUACAGUUCUCCUACAAGUCCUUAAUUAUGUUCACAGCUUAUCGUCUGAUUCUUGUCUUUUACAAAAAAAAAAAAAAAAGUACUUCGGGGUAAUGAUGUUUGUCUUACAGAUGUUUUUCAAAUGGCUUAUUAUAGGACUUGGCACAAAGCAGUGUUGGAACACAGAUCCUACAGCUGUCUUUGUCUUGGACCCUGAAAAGUCAGACCCCAGGCCUCUCCCUCUCUGGACUGAGAGUGGAGACACAACCUGCUGUGACAUUGCAAGGCUCACGGAGUUAUUUCUCCUCCUCUCUCAGCUGCCAGCCCAGCUCCCACAGUUUCCCAAGACAACCUUGAAUUAUAGCUUAGUUAUAUAUUUAGUGCCUUCCUGCCUUGCCUUGUGACUCCUGGCACACGGGUUAGGUCAUUUGGUGGGGAACACUUCAUUUCCCAAACUUACAGGAAUAAGGAAUUCCUGUUUUGGGGAGCUGAAGGGUCUGAUUUCCUCAUCAGGUCCCCAUCGUGGCUACUUGUGACCUGAUUCUCAUAACUCUUCUCCCUGCCCCCGCCCCCUUUUCUUCAUUUGCGGGAAAAGAUGAAUUUUAAGGAUUUAUUUAUGAGCACGAAAUGCAAGCACUGCCCAGAGAGGCCAGAAGGGGGCGUUGGAACCCAGGCGCUGGAGUUACCCUCCGUGGUGAGCAAUCUGAUAUGGGUAGUGGGAACUGAACUCCGCAAGAGCAGCAGGGACUCUUAAACCUCUCAGCCCCUCUCCAGCUCCACUAAUACCUUAUAAUAAAGCUCUUUCAAAGGGUACUUCGUGUCAGGUUCCUUUCCACGAACCUAGAACAUAUUUUACUAUUUACCUAACAAGCCGGUCUUUGUUUGCCGGUGUCCACUACCUGCUUCCGAGGCUUCCACGAACCAGAGUAGCUGAGCGGGUCGCAGCCCAUACAAACAGAGGAACUUCAAAUCCCAGAAUCCGUGGGUUUCGUAGUGGACUACAUUACCCAGAGGCCUCCGCGCCGACCACCCUCGGCUUCUAGCACGGACCCACCGUGAGCCUUCCCGAGUCAUAGGCCGUCUGUGGCACAGUUCGAGGCUCGAGUCCAAGGUCCCUGGGCAAAGUCCCACGCGCGGCCUCCCGGAGCCUCUGUGAGGCGCGGCGGGAGCCGGGGGCAAGCUCUCCUGUCCUGGGCCCCUGAAUCCAUUUCUGGAGUUUUCUCUGGGGUUCUGGAAAUCGACCCCUUGACAGCGGCAGUGCAGUUGGGAGCCAACGCGUGGGGAAGAGGAACACCGCCCCUGGCUGUGGGCAGAUCUGAAUAGAUCCUCCUCCACCUUCACCCACCUUCGGAAGAAAAACCUGCAGAAAGAGCAUGGCUCCUGAGCAAAGGGAAGCGAGGUCUCAAGUGUCAGUGACAUUUGAAGACGUGGCUGUGCUCUUUACUCGGGAUGAGUGGAAGAAGCUGGAUUCCUCUCAGAGAAGCCUGUACCGAGAGGUGAUGCUGGAGAACUACAGCAACCUGGCCUCGCUGGCAGGAUUCCUGUUUACCAAACCAAAGGUGAUCGCCCUGCUGCAGCAAGGAGAGGAUCCCUGGAAAGUGGAGAAAGAAGGUCCCGGAGGCUUCUCUCUUGGAUUGAAGCUCAGUCACAGAACCACAAAAUCAACUCAAACCCAAUAUGAGGAAUUGAUUAGGAGAAAAUCUAAAAGAAAUGAACCUUUGAACAUGAAGUCAGAAAACCUUUUCAUGUAUGAAGGCAAAUUAGAGGAAAAGCAGAAUAAGAAUACUUUGACUAUAGAAAGAAUCCAUAAAAGCAAUUAUCUUAGCCCAAAGUCACAUAGAGAAAAAAGAUCACCAGAAUGUGAAAAACGAAACACUUUCAAGAAGACAUCAUUUUUAUCUAAUCAAUCAAAGAUCACUCCAGAUAAACGCUAUAAAUGUAGUAUGUGUGAGAAAACGUUCAUCAACACCUCAUCUCUUCGUAAACAUGAAAAAAACCAUAGUGGAGAGAAAUUAUUUAAAUGCAAAGAAUGUUCAAAAGCCUUUAGCCAAAGUUCAGCCCUUAUUCAACAUCAAAUAACUCAUACUGGAGAGAAGCCUUAUGUUUGCAAAGAAUGUGGCAAAGCCUUCACUCUCAGUACAUCCCUUUAUAAACAUCUAAGAACCCACACUGUAGAGAAGUCCUACAGGUGUAAGGAAUGUGGUAAAUCCUUUGGCCGAAGGUCAGAUCUUUUUGUACACCAGAAAGUCCAUGCUGGAGAAAAUCCUCAUAAAUACAACCCAGGUAGGAAGGCAUCCACAUCCCUUCCAGGAUGUCAGAGAACUCAUUCCAGAAAGAAGACCUACUUGUGUAAUGAGUGUGGCAACACCUUUAAGUCUAGCUCAUCCCUUCGGUACCAUCAGAGGAUCCACACAGGAGAGAAACCUUUCAAAUGUAGCGAGUGUGGCAGAGCCUUCAGUCAGAGUGCCUCGCUUAUUCAACAUGAGAGAAUUCACACUGGAGAAAAGCCCUACAGAUGUAAUGAAUGCGGAAAAGGCUUCACUUCCAUCUCAAGACUCAAUAGACACCGAAUAAUUCAUACAGGAGAGAAGUUUUAUAAUUGUAACGAAUGUGGCAAAGCCUUAAGUUCCCAUUCAACUCUUAUUAUUCAUGAAAGAAUUCACACUGGAGAGAAACCAUGCAAAUGUAAAGUUUGUGGGAAAGCCUUUAGACAGAGUUCAGCUCUGAUCCAGCAUCAGAGAAUGCAUACUGGAGAAAGACCCUAUAAAUGUAAUGAGUGUGGGAAAACAUUCAGAUGUAACUCAUCCCUAAGUAACCAUCAGCGGAUUCAUACUGGAGAGAAACCAUAUCGAUGUCAGGAAUGUGGGAUGUCAUUUGGCCAAAGUUCAGCUCUUAUUCAGCACCGAAGGAUUCAUACUGGUGAGAAACCCUUUAAAUGUAACACCUGUGGGAAAACUUUUAGGCAAAGCUCUUCACGUAUUGCACAUCAGCGAAUUCAUACUGGAGAGAAACCCUAUGAAUGUAACACAUGUGGGAAGCUUUUCAACCAUAGGUCAUCCCUUACCAAUCAUUAUAAAAUUCAUGUGGAUGAGGACCCUUAAAAAGUAGAUUUGCAUGUGUAAAAGCCUUAAACCAAAGCUCUUCAGAGAAAGUGCUUGAGAGACGAAAUAAGUGUAAUGAAUAUGGGGACCUGUGCUUGUUUUCCUCAACUAACCCUCGGAUAAAUUUUGUGCAGCAGGUAGGAGGAAAAUAUCCAUGCUUGAAAGACGCUUUUAAAAAUUACUUGAGAUGCAGGCAUAGUGCUUCAUACAUGUAGCCUGAGCUACUGAAAACCCUGAGGCAUGAGGAUUGCUUGAGUCUAUGAAUUUGAAGCAGCCUGAGCAAUCCUAGGGAGAGCCUAUCCCAAAAAGAUCAGUAACCUAAGAUGAAGAGUUCACAACUGAAGACUCGGGCGUCUAUAAAACGGUGCUUUUCUCUCUGUAGCUGUGUAAUCGUAAGCAUGUAAGUGCACAGUGAAAUGUGGCAGACUCCACAGAGAGACACUAAACUACACUGGUAUUUUUCAUAACAUUUAAAUAACAUCCAAAAGGGAUCAAAGAAAUUAUACAUUUUUAAGAAAAAAAAAAAAGGGCCAAAAUAAAACAUUGAAAUGAACUGUUAUCUACCUUUUAGUCUCUGGAAUUUAUCUUUUCCUUGCCUGAUUUCAAAUGUCCUGUGUGGAUUUUAUUAAAAAUGGAAAAUAAAAAGCUGG